UUCCUCCCCAUAGCCUGUCCUCCCCCAUGUAUUUUUUCUGAAGAUGACGUAUGCAGAAGAGGGUAGCAACAGUUGCCUCGAGACCCCCGCGCGCCAUAGUGACUGUAGUCGUGGAGACAGUUACUUACCAACGGGAGCAACACGCAGCAACAGCAGCAGCAACGGGAAGCGAGUGAGAGGGAAGAGAGAGAGAACAGCCAGGGCAGAACUUAACACAAGGCAAAGGUGACUAUAUCUUUACCGAGUAGAGUCCAGCAUGCAGAGUUCAGAGGGAGGGUCAGACUCCUCGUCCAGCGUGGCCUUGCGCACGUCCUCCUCCUCCCAGGCCCCCGUGGUGCAGCCUGUCCCGGCAUCCCAACAGCGGGUGCUGGUGCAGGCCACAGGCUCGGGCCAGAAGGGGGCGCAGGUCCAGCAACUGUCCAGAGUGCAGCAGGUCCCCCAGCAGGUCCAGCAGGUCCAGCACGUGUACCCGUCCCAGGUCCAGUACGUGGAAGGAGGGGAAGUGGUGUACACAAACGGAACCAUCCGGACGGCCUACUCCUACAACCCGGAGGCCCAGCUGUACGGGCAGAGCAGCGGGGGGGCCUACUUCGACUCGCAGGCGGGGGGCGCCCAGGUCACCACGGUGGUGUCGUCGGCCGGCGGCGUGCCCCCCCACGGCAUGGUGGGCGUGGCCAUGGACGUGGGGGGCAGCCAGAUCAUCUCCAGCGGCGGGACCUACCUCAUCCACGGGGGCGGCAUGGACGGCGGCCGCCACCUCGGCUCGCACUCCGCCCGCUCCUCCUCCGCAAUGCUUGAAAUGGCGAUUGAAAACCUCCAAAAGUCUGAAGGGAUUACCACUCACAAAAGCAGCCUGCUCAACAGCCAUUUGCAGUGGCUGCUGGAUAACUACGAGACGGCGGACGGCGUCAGCCUCCCGCGCAGCUCUCUGUACAACCACUACCUGUGGCACUGCCAGGAGCAGAAGCUGGACCCGGUCAACGCCGCCUCCUUCGGCAAGCUCAUCCGCUCCGUCUUCAUGGGCCUGCGCACCCGUCGGCUCGGCAACAGGGGGAACUCUAAGUAUCAUUACUAUGGCAUCCGUCUGAAACCGGACUCCCCUCUGAAUCGGCUGCAGGAGGACUCCCAGUACACGGCCAUGAGACAGCAGCCCAUCCACCAGAAACAGAGGUUCAAGCCCCUGCAGAAGGUGGACGGCAUGGGGGACAGCUUCUCCGGCGGCUCCCAGCACUCCUCCGGCACGCCCGACCUGGCCGCCCAGAGCCAGCACCACCAGCAGUACAUCGACGUGUCCCACGUGCUGCCCCCGUUCCCCUCCCCGGACCUGGGCUCCUGCCCCCUGCCCGAGCGCAUCAGCCCCAACGACGUCAAGAAGCUGCAGAGCCUGUACAGGGACCACUGCGAGGCCACUCUAGACGUGGUGAUGAACCUGCAGUUCCACUACAUCGAGAAACUGUGGCAGACCUUCUGGUAUUCAACAGCGCCAUCUAGUGACGGAGCAACUCCUCUCCCUAACAGUGAGGAGGAGACAGAGGGGGUGAUUCCCAGGGAGAAGCUGGUGUCUCUGUGCAAGUACGAGCCGGUCAGACUGUGGAUGCGCAGCUGUGACCACAUCCUGUACCAGGCGCUGGUGGAGAUCCUCAUCCCUGACGUGCUCAGACCUGUGCCCAGCACUCUGACUCAGGCCAUUCGCAACUUCGCCAAGAGUCUGGAGGGGUGGCUGACCUCCGCCAUGAGAGACUUCCCGCAGGAGAUCGUCCGCACCAAGGCGGCGGUGGUGAGCGCGUUUGCGCAGACGCUGCGCAGGUACACCUCCCUGAACCACCUGGCGCAGGCGGCGCGGGCCGUGCUGCAGAACACCUCGCAGAUCAACCAGAUGCUCAGCGACCUCAACCGCGUCGACUUCGCCAACGUGCAGGAGCAGGCCUCGUGGGUGUGCCAGUGCGACGAGGCGGUGGUGCAGAGGCUGGAGCAGGACUUCAAGGUGACGCUGCAGCAGCAGAGCUCCCUGGACCAGUGGGCCGCCUGGCUGGACAACGUGGUGAACCAGGUCCUGAAGCCCCACGAGGGCAGCGCCAGCUUCCCCCGCGCCGCCCGCCAGUUCCUGCUCAAGUGGUCCUUCUACAGCUCCAUGGUGAUCAGAGACCUGACCCUGCGCAGCGCCGCCAGCUUCGGCUCCUUCCACCUGAUCCGGCUGCUGUACGACGAGUACAUGUUCUACCUGGUGGAGCACCGCGUGGCCCAGGCCACGGGCGAGACUCCCAUCGCCGUCAUGGGAGAGUUCAGCGACCUCAACUCCAUGAUGCCCAUGCUGAUGGAGAAAGACUCGUCCUUCUCUGACGACAUGAGCGACCUGGGCAGCGACGGGGACAUGUCCCGAGGCCCCAGCGAGCUGGCGGUCAAGCGGGAGCCCACCUCCCUGCAGGAGAUCUGAGCGUGCCGCGCCCAAACCACGCCCGG